AUGGCGGAGACCAAGCACCAACUCGAACCUACAACAUUCCCCGCGAAGUGCAAACCCAAUCUCAACUUCGAAGACAACCCACAAAAAACUCUAAAGUUUCAACCACCUCUCGAUAACAGCACUAUCGUUUCCCAAGAGAAAAACCCAAUCCUAGAAGCUCCUGAACGCUAUUCUUCAGCACCCGACGACAAAGACAUCAAAUUUGAGGCCGAUUCACUCGUCGAAGCCGAAGAUGACGGCAACGAUGAUUUUGAAGAUGACGAUGAAGAUGUCGAGAAUGAUCGUGGGGAAGCUGAGGUGGACAGAAAAGGGAAGGGAAUAGUGAGGGACGACAAGGGCAAAGGCAAAUUGAAGGUGGAAGAAGAAGAUGCUGAUGCUGAUGAUGAAGAAGACGAAGACAAUGAUAGCGAUAGCGGGACUGAUAUAUCCAACAGUGAAAGCGAUUUAUCGGACAAUCCACUAGCGGAGGUCGAUUUAGAUAACAUUCUUCCGUCCAGGACUCGGAGGCGGACGGUUCAACAUGGUGUUUACGUCGCCAACGAUAUUGGUAACAAUGACGAUGAUAGCAACGACAGCGAUGCGUGA